AUCAUCUUCAACCACAUAUACUAUAUAUAUACACCACUUACACACACACACACACUCCAUAUCAUCGUCAUCAUCAUCAUGGAACCAAGAACCGUCAUCUUCAUUCUGUUAGUGACAACCUCCAUGUUUAUGCAACUUGAAGGUUCAAGACAUAGUAUACCUCACAUCAGUGUGAUGGGCAUGGUCUACUGUGAUGCCUGUUCCAACAACUCUUUCAACAACAAUCACAGCUACUUCUUGUCAGGGGCAGAGGUUAGGAUCGACUGCAAGUUCAAUGCAGUUUCACCAAGAACAGCUGAACAGAUAUCAGUCUCUGUAAACAAGACUACCAAUCGCUAUGGUGUGUACAGACUGGAUAUACCUUCUGUGGAUGGGAUCUACUGCGCUAGAGAAUCUGCUGUUAUGAACACGUGUAGGGCCAGUUUGAUUGCAAGUAGUUCACCACAAUGCAACGUGCCUGGUUUCAUAACCACUUCUGAUGAGUUUUCUCUUAAAUCCCUACAUGCAAAUCUUUGUAUCUACAGUAUGUUUGCUUUGAGUUUUAGACCAUUUAAAAAAGAUCUUACCAUUUGUGGAAACUAA